CCAUGUUGCUUGAGAAUCGGUCUGGGAACUUUGGUCUUCAAUUUCGGAACAAUCGAUUUUGGCACAUACCAAGUGACGAUGAAGGAGCCAGGACGAACUUCGGCAAUCAUCAUGGCACACUCUCUCAGGUUGUAGUGAGAGGCAUACUCUUGUCGAAACUGCUCCACAUCUUCCAGUGUCACAUUCUCCUUCCACUCAAACUCGCGAUUAUGAUGUGGAGCAGACGUUCGCGUGGGUCUGUAUACCGUGCGUGUAUGUAUGGCUUCUACUUCGUGAAGUCGUAAAAUCCGCCGAACGUGGACGGCCUUACGUUCCCAAGUAAAACGGAUUUGCGCCAGAAACAAGGCCAAAGGAUGUACCAUGCCCAGGGACCUGGAGUUAUUCUACUUCGCAUUUUUUCUUAUGCGUGGCAGAGCAAAAAAGAUCUUGGUUAUUAUGAUACGCAAUUCUUCAUCAGACCAGGAGUGACUCGAGGAGCUUCAGCAGCGCAGUGAGACACAUGAUGUGCAGCAGGCGGAUCGAGAGGCAGGAUGGGUGUGGGGCUGUUAUUAUAACCUUCGGCGCGCAUGCGCAGCAAGGGUUACCGCU